AUGGCCCUGUCAUGGGCUCCUACCAAAGCCGGGCUAGACCCAGAACAGCUCGUGAAGGAGACCCCGCAAAUGGCAAAAGAUAUGGACUUUGCCAAUGCCGUGAUUGAUGCAUGGAAUAAAGAUGAAGCAUCCAUGAAGACGAAUGGGAUUCGCUCCGAGCAAUCUAGUGAGACCACGAAGUUUCAAUACCAAGAUGCUUCGGAUGGAACGACGCUCUAUGGACAUUUGAUUCGACGAACGAAUGCCAACAACAACGACAAAAAAGUUCCGGGUGUGUUGCUGUUUCAUACCGGGGCUGGCCCUCACGACGUAUCUCUUCUCUGGAAAGCGGAUCUACUCGCCACCAACCAGGAAAUCUUUCCACAUGGAUGCGUCAUUUUGGUCACAGAUAUUCUGUCCGAUGACACGGGGUGGGCAUGGGGAGACGAUCGUACCAAAUAUAGCCAAGCUCGGACCAAGGUACUGGAUGGCAACAAAUCAAGUUCGGGAGAGCGAUUCGUGCUACAAUCGAGGAUACAAGCCGCUCUCAAGGGAUUGCAGGAAGCUUCUCCCGAGGUUGACAUGACCCGACUUUGCGCUCUGGGUUGGUGUCUGGGAGGCCACAGUAUUUUGGAGCUUGGACGCAUGAAGAUUCCGGGUAUGAGAGCCAUGGUGACGUUUCACGGUGUCUUUGAUGGGAUCCCCCCUCCACCGCCACGGACGGAUUCGGCAACUCCUGGCCAGACAGCUGACAUUCUCAUCUGCAAUGGGGAGUUGGACCCAUUUGUGUCGCAAGAUACCGUUCUAAAGAAUGCUAUUGACACACUCAAUUAUCAUGGCCACAGCGUCCGGCUGUUACAACUCGUCGGUGCCAGGCAUGGUUUCAGCAACCCAGCGCAAGACUAUAAUCCGAACGAGGCCUUUGCGUACAAUCACGAAGCUGCUCAAACCUCAUGGGCAGAAUGCUUAAAGCUGCUGCAGAAAACGUUUGCUGCAUGA